AUGAACAAAGCAAAACAGAACGAGUCGAAUCUCGAUCCCAGCCUGACGGAACGUACGCAAAUAUGGAAUAUCCACCUCGUUGAAAACGGGCUUUGGUACUCGAUUGUUCUCCUGUUCUUCUGUGCCAUGUCGUGGUUCUUUGCUUACGGGGUACGCUACGUUAUCGUCGACUUGCGCCCCAGUGGUAUCCUGCGGUAUGCGGGAUCCAUCGCACGGGGCAUGGGAUUUGCGUGCACAUUCUGUUCGCUUGUCCUCCCGCUCACGAUAAACCGCACUCUAGCGACGGUUCUGUACCGCACACCUCUCUACGACCUGCUAUGUGUGGAGCGAUGGAUACCCGACAUGCACACCAUCGUAGGGACGUCACUUGCCGCAACCGGCUGGAUUCACGGCAUCGCCCAGAUCGUCAACUACGCUGCGAGCGUGUUCGUAUUUCGUGGCGGUUUGUUCACGGGACCAGCGGCACUGCCAGCGACCAUGCUUUUUGUCACAGGUGUGGUGCUCAUGGUUUUGCUGGUUCCUUUGCUCGGUUUUGGAGUUGAAACUGUACGCCGGAAAUGGUUCCGCCUGUUCUGGUGGACGCACCGUCCGAUUGCGGUCCUGGUAUACAUCUGUCUGGUAUUUCACGGCUUGCGAGGCGGCCGGCCCUGGACGGUGUACUUCUUCGCAGGCCCGGUAUUCCUCUAUAUCAUCGACCGCUUGUAUCAGCUCUCCCGGGCGACCGUAACUCCUCGGCGCAUCCUGGUGCUCAGUCUGGCUCAGGCAAACUCCAAUAUCGUGAAGCUCUCCGUUGAACGACGGAACGCGGUCUACCUACCGGGCCAGUAUUUCAAGAUCAUGAUCAUCGACACGCGCAAAGGGUGUGGUAUGCCCGCUGAUGCUUGGCAUCCGUUCACAGCCGCAAGCGCACCGUCAUGCGACUCGGAUCGCAUCACGUUCUACAUUGCGGCAGUGGGCAAAUGGACUCGCAGGCUGCACAGCCUUGCAGAAGCAGCAGUGGCAGAAGCAGCGACAACAACGGCGGACGGCCUCGAUUUGGCCCCUGAACGGAUAUGUAUGACGACAAUCGAGGCGUACCGGGUGCUCUUGGCAGGCCCGUAUGGAGCACCGGCGCAGUCCCAUCUGCACUUUCCCUACCAGUUGCUGAUCGGAAGCGGCGUUGGUGCAACCCCGAUGGUCUCCAUACUCCGGGAAAUAUGUAGCGCUCGUGCUCCCGCCAAAUUGGCCGGCAUCGCGGAUGCGUCCGAUGAUGAUAUUCGAGGAAUCAGGGCCGGAACGCAGCACGGGACUCUCGAUACACUGAGCAAACAGGAAACAUCGGCACAGUUGCUGGAUCGAAUACGGAAAUCUGGCAUCCUUUCGAUGUACAUGAAAGAGCGCGUUGGAAUAUUCCAAACGGAAACGCGAAUUGAUCGACUACGGGCUUUUGUAUUGAGUAGCCUCUGGCUGUUCAGUCUGCUCUGGAUGCUGUACAUUAGCUUGACGAUUUAUGUCAUCGCAAAUGCAUUCGAUGCCAAUGUAGCCUUAGUUGCGGAUUUCACCAGCUCGGCAGUGCUUCUUUUUCUCUUCUCGUUCACGAUUGCGUCGGAUAUGCUGGUGACAUUGGAUCCGCCUCGCUGGCGUUACGUCGGCACCCCGCGCGGCUUUGUAUCACUGAGUGUUUGCGGACUCCUCGUUGCAGACCUGGUCGUGGGUGCAACGCUCUUCGGCAUCGAACAACACUCGUCGCAUUAUAUGGACGGCGCAGGGAAUGCGAUGCGCAUCAUCGCCCUCGUCCUCUUCUGUAUCAAAAGUAUCAUGUUUGCGCUGACCCUCAGAAUUUUCUAUCUGCCGCGGCCGUGGCGUAUCCAGCUGAGGCGCGUGCGUCAUCUGGGACGGAAAGCGAGCGCCUUGCUCUCGCGGAGGGGGAACGGUCUUGGGACAGCUGUGGCGCAGCAGCGGUGCGUCCAAUCCGACGAUAAGGUCUCCCAUGUAGAGCAGCAGGAGCAGCAGGAGCAGCAGGAGCAGCAGGAGCAGCAGGAGCAGCAGGAGCAGCAGGAGCAGCAGGAGCAGCAGGAGCAGCAGGAGCAGCAGGAGCAGCAGGAGCAGCAGGAGCAGCAGGAGCAGCAGGAGCAGCGUCUGUAUGCGAACGUGUUCAGUCUAACUUUUGUCUGGGUGGUGCGCGAAUACGCGGACCUGUGGGGUAUUCAAGGCCUGUUCGACUUGGCGCAAACCUGGACUCCUGACCUGAUUCCGCGCGUUCGGGUACACAUAUUUCUGACGAGAGGCGAGAUUCCUGCGAGCAUCCUGGAAGCCGGCCAAUCAACCAAGUCGAUACUGCAGUUUCACCAGGGACGGCCCCGCUUUGAAACGUUCAUCGAGGAUUUGUUGGACCUGCGCGAUCCGUACGAGUUUGAAAGACUUUUUGGGAACAUUAUCCAGGUGAAACAGUUCAAUCGCGUGUCUGGCUUCUCCAACGACGUACAAAGAGGCAUCUUUUUCUGUGGGAAUCCAGCCCUUGGUGCGAGUGUUCGACGGGCCAUGCACAAAGUCCAGAGGCAACCCGAGCGCCUCGGUACGAAGAAACCGAUCCUCUUUAUCCAGGAACGUUUCUAG